GCCCAACGCAAGUGCAGAACGGCAGUGGUGUUCUUCGACUACAAGGCCGCCUUCGACAGCGUCCCCAUCAACACCGUCAUGGACUCCCUCGUCGACCCUGGAAUCGGAGGCAAGGCAGCUGCUUUCAUUCACGCUCUACUUUCCAACCGCUCUUUCAGGGUCCGACUGCGAUCGACGCUGAGCUCCCCACGCCCACAGAACCUCGGUCUACCUCAAGGCAGUAUCCUGAGCCCCCUUGCUCUUCAACCUCGUCAUGGCUGGACUUCCCAAGGCCCUACCAGCAACAACACCUCCCCUGCAACUCUCCAUCUACGCGGACAACAUCUGCCUGUGGACCAACGGCAAGGACCCCUGGAAAGUGAUGAAGACCAUCCAGAAGGGCGUGGACGCUACGACCGAGUACAUCCGUGGCCUCGGACUCACCCCGUCAGCCGAAAAGACCAGGGUCAUGCUGCUUGGUUCCACGGCAAACUGGUGUACGCUGCCUGAACCGAUCCUGAUGGAAAACACACCACUGGAACAGGUACGUGUCCACCGUUUUCUCGGAGUAACCUUGGAUUCCAGGUCUUCCUGGGCGCCACUCGUCAAGGACCUCCAGACCCGAUGCAAGACAACCCUGAACGUGACCAUGCGACUCAGUGGACGGCACUCCGGCUUCCCCCAGAGGACCCUCCUGACCAUCCACAACGCCACCACAGCCGCACGGAUGCUGUUCGGACUCCCCUACGCCAAGCCCAGCAGAUCAGCGCUGGAAUCCCUAGAACUGCUCCACCGUCGCGGACUGAAGCUGGCUCUCGGACUCCCACCUGGGGCGCGCAACGUCGCCUUGUACGCCGAGGCUGCCGCUCUCCCUCUCCAACUACGAGCCACCCAACACCUGCUGAACCAGCUCACCAGACUGAACAGGACAACAACCGGAAGGGCGACCAGCUGUUCCAGCCCAUCCCACCAGUUCCCAGUCCAGAUGCUCCAUGGAGGCUCCUCGGGACCGCCAUCCGGACAACACUGCCAGGCCUGCCGCGGAAAAAGAACGUUCCGGAUGCGGUGGCACGGUUCCUGGCCGCCGUGCGCCUUCAUGAGAGCUACCAGGACUACCUGCACAUGUACACGGACGCCUCAGUCGACCCUGGACGACGCGCCUGCUCCCUGGCCUGCCACAUCCCAGCAACACAGUUCUCCUGGGCCGAAGGAUUGUCCGGACUCCUCUCCUCCACGUAUGCAGAACUCCUGGCGAUCACGGAAGCCCUGGACAUCAUCGCCAAGACGAGCGCCACCAAAGCGGUUAUCCUCACGGACUCCCGCUAGGCUCUGUCGAGGCUAA